AUGGCAUCCCUGGCUCACAAACGCAAGCGCGACUCGCUCGACCAUGAUGUCGGCCAUGCUCCUGCGCCCAACGACUUCAAGGAGUUCAGAGGCUCACCAAAUGGUCAGGUCGAGUACGAAACGCCCUUCCUUCACACUAGCCACGAGAACGACAUGCCGCCGCAUUUCGCUGAUGCUUUGGUUCAACACAAUGCUGGCGACCACGGUGUGCAUGACCAUUCUCUACAUGAUCACAAUGUCCACAAUCAAGGCUCUACCAACGGUCAGAGCGCCAGCGAGACAGCGAAUGCUGCUUUACACUACUCCAUGGGCGUGCCACAGAACCAUGACGAGUCUUUCCUCACUCACAAUGAUGGUCAUCGCGAGUCGAGUGCCACCUUCUCUCUAGAAGCCGGUGCCGGUCAACCGAAUCCCGAAGCAUAUGGCGAAUUUGCUGGUCUUGAGCAGCUAAAAGAGAACGCACAACCUCAGCAACAACAGCAACAAGCCCCGCCUCAGACUUCAGUCAUGGGUAAUACCGAAGGCUCGCCAUCAGCAACCCCUUCUGGUAGCAAACCUGCUGUCGGUACUGACGAAUGGCAUAAGGUGCGUCGCGACAAUCACAAAGAAGGUAAGAUAAUUGUUACGGACACCAAUCUGGUUGCUCGCUUCGAUCACUUGCUGACAGCUACACAGNUCGAACGUCGUCGUCGUGAGACGAUCAACGAGGGUAUCAACGAGCUCGCCAAGAUCGUACCUGGCUGCGAAAAGAAUAAGGGAAGCAUUCUCCAGCGUGCAGUCCAGUUCAUCACACAGCUUAAGGAGAACGAAUCUCAGAACAUCGAAAAGUGGACAUUGGAGAAGCUUUUGACAGAGCAGGCUAUUGCUGAACUCAGCGCAUCCUGCGAUAGACUUAAGGCCGAACUGAGUCAAGUCUACAAGGACUUGGACGCAUGGAAAAGAUGUGCUCAACGUUCUGGACUUGAACCUUCUGAUGAAGAUCGCGCCAACGCUUCUGGAAACCGGGACGAUGAUGCUUAG